AUGAAGCAGUUAGACUCUCUUAUGGAUACUACUUAUGUUAUUAAGCUUAAUGAAUUAUCAGAUUUUGCAUCAAAAAUCGCAAGUAUCGAAAUGAUGCCAAGAAUCGUUCUUCCAUCUGAAGUAUACCAAAAUGAAGAACUUGACAGUCUUUAUCUUCAAUAUAACAACUCUUUAAACGAUUUAUUAAAAUUUGUUCCAUUUCAAGCCAUUCUUAACUCAACAGAUGAAAAAUCGACCAUUACAAGCAUUGCAAAACUCGCCAAAUCAGAGCCAUGUGAAUUACAUCAAAUAAAUAAUAUCUUACAAGAAAUAAUCAGAAAUAAAGUGUCAAAAGGUGAAUCAUUCGUAUUUGAAACACUUAAAUAUCUCUCUGGCUACGUUUGUGAUCAAGAAUUAGCUUUACAAAUACUUAAUAAUUAUAAUUUACCUGCUUAUGCGUUUUCUUUUUAUAUUUUGCCACAAUUCGCCAUGAAACCAGGCAAUAAAGAAUUUGCUGAUGCUAUUUGGCUCAAAAUACAGAAGUUUUCCGCUAAUCAAAGAUUAAUAAUUUAUAAUAACUUUGUAAACUUACAACAGAAGCAAAGAACCAUGAUAAUCAAUAGCGCAAAGAUCUCCCGCAAGCUCAAAUUCAUUUUCAAGCGCUUAUCAGUAGAGAAUCCAACUCAAUACACAGAAAAAUUCACGAAAUACUUUGCAAAGUGUCCUGACAAGUCAUUGAACAUGUUACUCAAUCAUAUAUGCGAAGUAUCUCCUCUAACAUCAAUUCCUUUGAAUCUUUGUAUGAAUUUUUCAACGGUUAUGUCAGAUUUUCUUAUUUUGUCACUUUUGGAAUCAAUAGAAAACAACAAAAUCAAAAAAUCGCAAGAAAAUGUUUCAGAAUGGCUGGUAGAUGUAUCCAUGUUCAUUAGUAAAAUAAUACGACAUGUUUGUGAUGCAAAAAUCAUUUCUGAUUUCAUUGAUAUUUGUAAAAAAGGAUUAAAUAAUUCUCAAACGAAAUACGCCUGUUUAUUGACGUAUUUCAUCAACGAAACAUGCGGUAUAUGCUAUAGAGGAAACAUGUCGCAAUAUGAUAUAGACAUAAAAUCAUCAAAUAACUUGGAAAGACUACUUGCAAGAGCAAAUUCAAAAAAUAAUGAAGAAUUUGUCAAAAUUUCACAAAAAGUGACAGAAAAAUUGAAUAAGGAAGGUCUUGAUUUACUUAUAUGUCUUGAUAAGAUGAUAAAUAGCUCAUUGCUGAGCCAUGAUUCAAUAGAUAACUUGAGAUUCCUUUUUAUUACGAUUUCUGAUGUUUCAAAAAUAAAUUUGGAAAAAACUGACAAAAAUUUCGGAUUUUCUUUGGCAUCUUCUUAUCAUAUAUCAAGACUUGUUUCCAAAUUAUCGAUUGAUGACAUAAAUGAAGUGAUUUCCAAACAAAAAUUGUCAGAAAUUUUCUGGAUUUUGUCACCUUUUCAUUUAUAUGUUCCAAAAUCAGUUUAUUCCAAGUCCAAGGAAGAAAUUGAUAAGUUAACUGAUGAAACAAACAAAGACUUCAUGCCGUUACUCAAAUCUAAACUAAAUUUGGCUGAAGAUGAACAAAAAAAUAUGACAGAAAAAGUGACAAAUUUAUUAUAUCAUAAUUCAUUUGAUUGGUUCGAUAAUGAUGAGAAAUACAUUGAUUUCACGUACAAGUGUUUACUUCCGAGAACUAUUUUCUCUAAUUUUGAUGCCUUCUUUUGUGUUGAAUUCGUCAAAAAACUUAGAGAAAUUUUGGAUGAUUUUGAUGUGAAAAAACUGUUGAUUACGAUAUUAUCUAAACUCCAUUUUGUUGUUUUCUCAUCGACAUUUGAGGAAUCAAGGAAUUUAGGUUAUUUGAUUGCGAAUUUGCUCGAAAUGAUUGAAAUUUCAAGAGAUUUGGAAAAUCUUUUAAUGGAUAAGCUAAAUAUUCUACUUAAAAGAGAGGAAAACUUCUCUAUAGCUAAUACAUUUGUAGUUUAUGAUAAGAUUUCAAAGGUUUUCCCAUCAAAAGCAGAUAUGAGAUCUGAUUUGGUAAAAAAGAUAUCCAAAAUAAUUACAGAGAAAGGUUCCGAUACAUCUCUGUUGAAAAGAGUCUAUAUUCAGCAUCUUUCGAUGCCGUCAAAUUAUAUGAAAGAUUUACUUCCUCCUGAUAGGCCAAGUCCACCUCCAGAAAGGGAAAUCAGCCCAGUUAGAUACAGAGAUGACCGUUACAGAAGGAAUGGAGAAGAACAUAGAAUUUUAUCUCGUUAUGAUGACCCAGAAUUUUUACCAUCGGAUACGAAAAGGAGAUCACAGUCAGUCAGAUUCUCAGAUAAUGGCAGAUCUUCGCCAGAAAGAAGCCGUUACGAUUCUUAUUCGAGAAAAGAACAUAAUUCCGAAAGAAAUUCAUCAGAAAGAGUGCAUGAUUCACCAAGUAAUGAUAAAAGAAAAGUUUUUCAUGCAAGAGAAGAAGAAAGAAGGCCAUCUCCCAAAAAUACCAAAGAUGAUGACGACGGAAUGCUACCAAGCGCAAGAAAAAUGGCAAUGCGUAGAUCAGAAUCUCAAAUGGUACCUACUCCUCAGCAGAUUCCUCCUUUACAACCACCAAUUCCAAAUCCAUAUCUUCCUCCUUCAUUUUUGCCUCCACCGCCGCCUCCAUCAUUACUUUCAAAGCCUCCACAGCAUUCUCUUCAUCCUCAAAGACCAAUUCCUCCUCAAUCACAAAUGAUGAUCCCUCCUCCUCCAAUUCCUCCGUCAAUGAUGUACUCACAUCCACCCAUUCCUCCUCAAAUGAUGUUUCCUCAUCCUCCAAUGCCUCUAACACCUCCACCUCCUCCGCCUCCACAUAUGAUUCAAAGGCGACCACGUGAAGAUGAUCCUUAUUUACCACCAUCAGGACCAAGUAAUAGAUACCGUUAA